AUGCAGGUCUCGGUGGUCGCCUCUCUCACGGGCCGCCAGCUGCUGGCAGUCCAGGCCAGCCCCACAUGGGGGCCGCAGGACCUCCUGAGGCGCCUCCCGGGGCGGGCCGCGGCGGACGACUGCCGCCGGCGCAUCUUCUGGGGCGCCACCGAGCUGAGCAGCGCGUGCUCGCUGGGCGACCUGGGGGUCACCGACGGCGCCCGCCUGUCCCUGGUGGUGUCCCGGCCGCUGCACGUCCUCACGGCGUCGGGCGACGGCGCGGCGAGGAUCUGGAGCGCCCCCUCGGGCGAGUGCCUCCGCACCCUGCGGGGCCACGACGGCUCCGUCCUCUCCGCGGCGUUCUCCCCCACGGCGACGCGGUGGUGA